AUGCGUCUCUUCAACUGGAUCCCCUUAGUGCCAGCGGCAGUGGCGCUGGCCGUGCCUUCGGAUGAGGGCUUGGAAGGCUUGGAGGCCCUACUCCGUCGGCAGCUGCCUGAGCACCCUACCCACGUCAAGACCAUCAAAACGGCGAAUAAUGUCACAAUUCGCUAUAAAGAGCCGGGUAAAGAGGGCGUUUGUGAGACAACCCCCGGAGUCAAGUCUUAUUCCGGUUAUGUGGACAUCUCCCCCACAGAGCAUACCUUCUUCUGGUUUUUCGAAGCUCGUCAUGACCCUCAGAAUGCGCCGAUUACUCUGUGGUUGAACGGUGGACCGGGAAGUGACUCGUUGAUUGGAUUGUUUGAGGAAUUGGGUCCUUGUCAUAUCAAUGAGAAGAAUGAAUCUUAUAUCAACGAGCACUCCUGGAACGAGGUCUCCAAUAUGCUGUUUUUGUCCCAGCCGCUGGGUGUUGGCUUCUCCUAUGCUGAGAAGGAAGCCGGCUCCUUGAACCCGUACACCGGUGCAUUUGAAGAUGCGGACUUUGCGGGCGUCGAGGGCCGCUAUCCAAAGAUUAAUGCCACCGCAAUUGAUACAACCGUACUUGCGGCCAAAGCUACCUGGGAGGUCCUGCAGGGAUUCCUGGGUGGUCUUCCCAAGCUGGACGCAAGAAUCAAGUCGAAGAGCUUCAAUCUGUGGACUGAAAGUUAUGGAGGACACUAUGGACCUGCCUUCUUCGAUCACUUCUACGAAGAGAACCAGAAAAUCGCCAACGGCACUCAGGAAGGCAUCCAGCUUGACUUCAACACCUUGGGUAUCAUCAACGGAAUCAUCGACGAAGGAAUCCAAGCCAAGCACUACCCCGAGUUUGCCGUGAAUAACACCUACGGCAUCAAGGCUACAUACAUACUGACAAGGACGAAGGUCAAUGACACGGUAUACAACUACAUGAAAUUCGCAAAUGAGAUGCCAAACGGCUGCCAGGAUCAAGUCGCAUCUUGCAAGAUGUUGAAUCGUACCUCGCUGUCCGAUUACGCAAUUUGCACCGAAGCCACCAACAUGUGCCGAGACAACGUCGAGGGUCCAUACUACACCUUUAGCGGCCGAGGCACUUACGAUAUCCGCCAUCCGUCCAACGAUCCCACCCCGGAGAGCUACUACCUCGAGUACCUCGCCAAAGACUCAGUAAUGAACGCCCUAGGCGUCGACGUGAAUUACACCCAGUCCAACAACGAGGUCUACUUUGCCUUCCAGCAAACCGGUGACUUCGUCUGGCCCAACUUCCUCGAAGACCUGGAAGAUAUCCUCUCCCGCCCUGUCCGCGUCGCUCUCAUCUACGGCGACGCAGAUUACAUCUGCAACUGGUUCGGUGGCGAGGCCAUCUCCCUGGCGGCAAAGUACAAGCACAGCGAAGAGUUCCAGAAGGCCGGCUAUGCGCCGUUCUUGGUGGACGGUGUCGAAUACGGUGAGACCAGGGAAUAUGGCAAUUUCUCCUUCACCCGCGUUUAUGAGUCUGGUCAUGAGGUGCCAUACUAUCAACCUGAGGCUUCGCUGCAGCUGUUUAAUCGCACGCUGAAUGGCUGGGAACUCUCCAAGGGUGAGAAGAAGGCUAAACCCGAUGCUGGUUCCUCUGGGCCCGUGUCGGCGACUCAUACUCAGUCUUCGGUGCCAUUGCCUACGCCGACAAGGAAGCCUCUGAUUCCACGGGGGUGGUGA